AUGAGUGUCACGGCAUCGUCGGCCUCGGCCGCUGCGAAGUCGAUCGUCUCGACGCCAUUUUCCAUAAACGACAUCCUGACCCGCAGCCGACGCCGCUCGUCGGGCGAUUCGUCCGGCAACGAGGACGAACUGCGGGCGUUUUACCACCACCAGCAACAGCAGCACCACUACCAGCACCACCAUCGCCACCUGCCCCACCAGUUUCACUCGCGGAACCAUCAGCGCAGUCCGGCGGCGCCUCCUGACGAAGCCUUCUACGGUCAGCUGGCCCUGGGAUGCCUCAACAACAACAACAAUGAGGGCGCGAGUGACGAAAAGACGGCCGGCGGCCGUUUCGGGGCCGUCCUGCCGCCGGCGGCACUGCGACGCGGUUCCACCGACAGCCCCAUCGAUAUGCGCCGCUCGACGGAGAACGAUUCCGACUGUGACUCACCGUCCCCGUACGCCUCUCACGUCCACGAGGUAGGGCCGGAUGAGGCACCGGCGGUCGGGGUCACGCGGAAGAAGAGGUCCCGGGCGGCCUUCAGCCACGCGCAGGUGUUCGAGCUGGAGCGCCGCUUCGCCCAGCAGCGAUACCUUUCGGGGCCGGAGCGUUCGGAGCUGGCGAAGAGCCUGCGGCUGACGGAGACGCAGGUGAAGAUCUGGUUCCAGAACCGGCGCUACAAGACGAAGCGGAAGCAGAUCCAGCAGCACGAGGCCGCCCUUCUGAGCGCGACCAAGCGCGUCCCGGUGCAGGUCCUGGUGCGGGAGGACGGAACGUACGGGACGGCGGUGCUCGGGGGCGGUCAACCCCACUACGCCGGCGGCCUCGAUCCGGCCCUGCUCAACGUCUACCGACACCAGAUACAGAUGGCGUACGGCAUCCCGGGCAUCCCGCCGAUGCCGUUCUCCUACUUCUACCCCUCCAAGCUUGGUCCCAGUGGUCCGCUGGGUCCGUCCUCGGCGGCGACGGCACCGCCGCCUCCUUGCGGUCACCACAAGUCCACCCCGCAACCUGCGUACCUGGCCGUACCGGGACCGUUGAACUUCUCGACGAGGAGUGACAGCGACGUGGAACUUCCAGAUGCUUCUGGAGGUCGUGGUCGUGGCCGGUCUCGAUCGCCGUCGGAACGAGGCUCGGGAUCGGAGGCCUCCGGGUACCGGCGGACGGGCGGUGUGGUGCUCCUGUCCGAAGGCGACGACGAGGAUGGCGAGUGCGAAAACGUGGAGAUCGAUUGA